AUGAAAGAAGAUGAAGACAAGAAUGAGUCUACUUCAAUUCAAGGUGAAGUCAAUAAGGAAAAAAGUAAGAAGAAAAAAGCUGAGAAAGAAGUUGAAGAAAAUUAUGUACCUUCACCACCAUACAAGCCACCAUUGCCUUAUCCUCAAAGGUUUCAGAAGUUCCUGAAGGAAAUUUUAUCCAAUAAAGGGACGCUGGAAGAUUAUGAAAGUGUGGCAUUAACAGAAGAGUGUAGUGCUCUCUUGCAAAAUAAGCUCCCACCAAAGUUGAAGGAUCCAAAAAGUUUUUCUAUUCCUUAUAAUAUUAGAGAUACUAGCAUUGACAAAGCAUUGUGUGAUCUUGGAGCUAGUGUAAGCUUGAUGCCAUUAUCCAUUUGUGAGAAGCUAAAGGUUGGAGAAUUGAAGCCAACGACCAUUUCUUUACAACAAGCUAAUCGAUCCAUUAAAUAUCCAGUGAGAAUUUUGGAAAAUGUUCCCUUAAAAGUUGGAAAAUUUUUCAUUCUUAUGGAUUGUGUGGUUCUUGAAAUGGAAGAGGAUAUUCAUAUUCCUAUCAUUUUAGGAAGGCCAUUUUUAGCCACAUCUAGUGCUAUCAUAGAUGUGAAGAAUGAUAGAUUAACAUUAAGAGUUGAAGAUGAGGAGAAACAUCAUGAAGUUGAUCCUUGUCUAAGGAUAUAUGUCAUUGAUGAAAUUGUGGAAGAAGAAUUUAGAAAAAGAUAUCAUGAAGACCCUUUGGAGAAUUGUUUAGUGCAUAGUAGGACAACAAAAGAUGAAAAUCCUAAAGUUAUAGCUUUUGCUCAAAUUUUGGAAGCUACUCAAGAAGUUACAGGGGAUCAAGUGUUGCAAGUUGAAGAAUUAAAGCAUGAAAUUGCACAACCACCUUUGCCAGAUGAGGAGAAAGCACCACAGGUAGAUCUCAAACCACUUCCAUCUAUACUAAGGUUGAAGGAAGAUUUGACAACAGCACCUAUCAUGUAA